AUGCCACAUCCAUCCAUCCAUGUCCAUCCAUCCAUCCAGACCAUGCCACCUGUGGGUGUGUGGGUCCAUCCUGUGUCAGGUCCACUUCCACCAUCCACCACACCCCAUCCAGCCACAUCCACCCCAGUCAGACCCAUUCCACACCUACACCGUCCACAGCCACGUUGUCCAGACCAUGCCCACACCUGCACCGUCCACGUCCACCAAUCAGGAUUGUGCCUGACACCCAUCCACAACCAUCCUGAUCAGACCCAUGCCCACCUCACCAUCCUAGCCACUGUCCAGGACCCGUGCCCACACCCAACCCCAUCAGGACCAGCGCCCUGCACCAUCCACAGCCACACCCAUCCAGACCCGUCCACAGCCACGCCAAUCGGACCCGUGCCCUCUCAUCCCGGACCAGUGGCCACGUCGUCCACACCAGUCCAGGAUUGUGCUGACACCCACCCCGUCCACAGCCAUGCCUCCAGGACCCAUGCUUUUGACCCCGUCCACCCAUUGCCACGUCCACACCCAUCGGACCCACACCCACCCUAUCACAGCCAUAUCACACGUCGCUCCCAGACCAGUGCCCAUCCACAGACAUGCCACAUCCAUGCCCACCAGCCAUCCAUCCACAGCCGUCCAGUUCCCACACCACUAACCACACCCAUGUCCACUCCAGACCGGCCCAUCCACAACCACCCACAUCAGCCGCCCUGUGCCAUCCCAUCCCACGGCCACCAUCCAGGACCGUGCCAUCAGAUGAUUGAUACACCACACCCAUCCACACCUGUCGGACCCGUGCCCUUGCCAUCCACACCUACACCCAUCGGAUGA